AUGGACGUCAAAGCCACAUUUACUAUCCGUAUCUUAGCUUCAUUGGUGAUUUUGGUGCCUGUCCUAUGUGGUUUUGUAUUGCAAGCACUGCUAGGAAUUGCGCUCUAUUCACUGAUGUGGUGUGAUGUUUGUGCUCUCACGCUGGAUCUAUUUUUCGCAUUCCCACUGACACUAACUGGAGUACAGUACAUGGGAGACAGUAUGGCUCUUUACUACAUACCGUUGGUAUUCGAAGGAAUCGCUUUCAAUGGCAUAUACAAUCUCUCGCUACUUCUUACUGUCAAUCGAUUUCUACUAUUCAUUUUUCCAAGAGUACAUAACGUAAUUUUCACUACAAAAGGAACAAAGAUGUGA